AUUGGACUCUGUUGUAUUCUACUCGGCAUGUGGUACACUAUAUGUGAAUCUUUGACUUCGGGACCUUGUCAUGCAAUCGACAUAACAAGGGAGGCUAUAAGGGAAGGUGCUGAUGCUGUCAUUGCAGUUGGAGGAGAUGGAACUCUUCACGAGGUAGUUAAUGGAUUCUUCUGGGCUGGAAAGGCUGUCACUAAUCAUGAUAGAACAACCACACAUUCAACCGCACUCGGUUUGAUUCCCUUAGGAACGGGCUCUGACUUUGCUAGAACACUUGGCUGGAAAAAUGACCCCGUUGAAGCCAUUGAACGCAUACAUAGAGGACAACAUUCUCGAAUAGAUAUUGGCGUAAUUAGCGGAGAACAAGGAGAAGAAUCACACCACUUUAUUAAUGUUGCUGAUAUUCAUUUGAGUGCAAAGGCAGGCUAUUACGCUUCUAGAUACAAGAAGUUUGGAAACUUGUGCUAUAUUAUUGGUGCUUUGCAAUCCUUUAUGGGGCACCAUAAUCAGGACCUCAGAAUCAAGAUUAAUGAACGUGAUUGGGAAACAUAUUCUCGAGUGACGGCCCUUUGCAUUGGAAAUGCAAAAUACUUUGGUGGAGGAAUGAAAAUUACACCAAAUGCUGACCCGUCUAAUGGAACUCUUGAGGUGGUGAUUCUUCAGGACUUCAAGUGGUAUGACUUUAUUCUCAAACUGCAUAAACUAUACAACGGCACUCAUUUAUCAGUGAAAAAUGUGUCUUCAAUAAGCGUGCGCUCUAUCGAAGUGGAGGACAUUUCAGGUAGUGGCAGCAUUUUUGUGCAGUCUGAUGGGGAACAUUUAGGCUUCUUGCCACGGAAGUUUCGCAUCAUACCAGGUGCUAUCGAGAUGAUAUGCUGAAGUGAACCCUGUAGUUUUUAAUUCUUCUUGUUUUCACUUGAUAGUUUUUUAUUCUCGUUAAUAACCUUAUGGGUUCCAUAUCUCCUCCCCAAUUUAUAUAUAUAUAUAUAUUUUUGUUAACAAGUGUAAUUAAUGG